CAACCGGGGGCCGACUUGUUGGGCGGUGACGAUAUUCAAACACAGAGGGCGGCCGCGCGCAGAUUGCUCGGCCUCAGGGCCGCCGCUCAUAACCUCCGGCCUCGCAGUAGCCCGCCUGGCGAGAUGGAGGAGGAUUUAAGCGAAAGAGGACUGACAAUUGCUUCAAUCAUGAAUCGAGUCAGAGACCUGAAAAAUAAAUAUAAAAAUGAAGACAAUAUUACUGAUGAGCUUAAUUUUACUAAAGUCUCAGCUGAUACAACAGAUAACUCUGGCACUGUUAAUCAAAUUAUGAUGACUGCAAAUAAUCCAGAAGACUGGCUGAGUUUCUUGCUUAAACUGGAAAAAAAGGGUAUACCUCAGACUGAUAUUAGUCUAUUGAAUAGAUUGAUUGGCCGUUACAGUCAAGCAGUUGCUGCACUACCUGCGGAAAAACACAGCCAAAAUGAGAACUAUGCUCGGAUCCUAGUGAGAUUUGCUGAGUUGAAAGCUUUUCAAGACCCAGAGGAGGCACGUGACCAGUUUCAUCUUGCCAGACUGAACUGCAAGAAAUUUGCUUUCGUGCACGUAGCUUUGGCACAAUUCGAACUGUCACAAGGAAAUGUAAAGAAGUGUAAACAGCUUCUUCAAAAAGCUGUGGAAUGCUGUGCGGUUCCACCAGAAAUGUUGGAAAUUGCUCUACAAAACCUACACUUGCAGAAAAGGCAGUUGCUUUCAGAUGAAGAAAAAGAGAACUUCACAGUAUCAAGCACACAAGAAUCCGGACCACAAAACAUGGCUGGAAAUCUCCGGAGUAGGAAAAAAAGUGAUUCUGGUGAAAUUUCUGCUAAUGCCCCCACAUCUUCUCUUGGGGAGAACAACAACUCUCCACAGGAGUUUGAUGCAGUACGGGUUGGGCGCAAUCCCUUAAAGCAAUUAAACAAAUCUAACCAGGUGUGCCCGUUUGGGAGAGUUCCUGUUAAAUCAGUAACUGAUGCUGUAAAUAGUGUGAAGAAGAAGGAUGCUCCACUUACAACUAGUGUUACAAAGAGGCAGAUAUCUGGCUCUAAAUGCACAAAUUUGAUAACGCCUUUUUUACUGCAUGCACCAAAACUUAAUGAGGAUGAUUCAUAUGAACUGGGAGACUUAAAGUCCUUACAAGAUGAAAGCUCUGUGCAAUCACAGAUAUCAGAUGAAGAGAGUUUAGAAACUGCAACUGAAUCAACUGUAACCCUAAAAAAUAAAACAGAUUCAAGUCUUGCAACAAAAAGAAAAGAAGAAACAAAUGUGCAGCAUCAGGAGCAAAGGAUACCAGAGCUGAGGUAUCUGGAAAGUCAUGAGGAACAGUCCAGUUCUCUUGGAAGUUACAGAAAACAAGUGGAGCAGUUAAAACUAAAUUGUAUUACAUCUGCAAAGAAAUGGGAGAUUCCAGAAGAGAGACACAAGAGCUACUCAGAGGGAAAGCGAUCAAGUUUUGAACAGCCUAUCCUUCCCAUUUCAAAAAGAUCAUCGCCAGUAGAAGCUGCUCCUAAAAGAAAAGAUCCAGUGUAUUUUUGUGGAACACCAAGCAACAACACGCUGAGUGAUUAUAUGGCCUGUUUCAGAACUCCAGUUGUAAAGAAUGAUUUCCCACCAGCGUGUCAAGUGUCCACUCCAUAUAAUCAGGUUCCAUAUUUCCAGCCACAUACACCAGCAACUCCAUUUCAAAGCCAAAUUGGCUUACAGGUUUCAGCUUCUAUACCUUCAAAUGAAUGCCUGGCCAUUAAGGGAAGAGUGUACACCAUAUUAAAACAAAUAGGUAGCGGUGGCUCAAGUAAGGUGUUUCAGGUAUUGAAUGAAAAGAAGCAGCUGUAUGCUGUCAAAUAUGUGAAUCUUGAAGAAGCAGAUCAACUGACUGUUGAGAGUUAUAAGAAUGAAAUUGCUCAUUUGAAUAAGCUACAGCAACAUAGUGAUAAGAUCAUCCGACUUUAUGAUUAUGAAAUCACUGAACAGCAUAUCUACAUGGUAAUGGAAUGUGGAAAUAUUGAUCUCAAUAGCUGGCUUAAAAAGAAAAAGAGUAUUAAUCCAUGGGAACGAAAGAGCUACUGGAAAAAUAUGUUGGAAGCCGUUCACACAAUCCACGAACAUGGCAUUGUGCACAGUGAUCUGAAACCAGCAAACUUUCUGAUAGUUGAUGGAAUGCUAAAACUAAUUGAUUUUGGCAUUGCGAACCAAAUGCAGCCAGAUGUGACAAGCAUUGUUAAAGAUUCACAGGUUGGCACAAUUAAUUACAUGCCACCAGAGGCAAUCAAAGAUAUGUCUUCCAAAGGAGAAAAUGGGAAAUCAAGAUCAAAGAUAAGUCCCAAAAGUGAUGUUUGGUCAUUGGGAUGCAUUUUAUAUUGUAUGACUUAUGGAAAAACUCCGUUUCAGCACAUAACAAAUCAGAUCACCAAACUUCAUGCUAUAAUUGAUCCUAGUUAUGAAAUAGAGUUCCCUGAUAUUGCAGAAAAAGAUCUCCAGGAUGUGUUAAAGAUGGGGAAAUUAUGGUACAGAGACUUAGACUUCCUAUGUGACCUUAAGCAAGUCUAUCACAGAGCAGGGAAUGGAACCCUGGAGUCCCAGGUCCUAUGCACUGGACCAUGCUUUCUCUCAUGCUCCUCCCCCCUUGUCUGCACCACUGAUUCCAUGCUUGUUCCUGCAGCCUCUCUCCAGAUGCUCAACCUGUGUGUUCCAUGCUGACACCUGCCGCUCUGUGGGAAAGAUGGCUGGACAGGGAGAGCCAGGCUGUGCUGGACAGGCAGAGAGAAGGGAGAGGAGAUGAUGCAGAAGUUAUGAAGGGACUAACAUGCAGUCAUUCUUUGUCUGGGAUAAUCAUUGCCUAUGAGCCAAAGGCAGUGGAAGGGCAGAGCUGGGCUGUGGUAAAUCAGGGAGCUGAGAUUUUAGUUUCCUUCACUGGGAAAAAAAAAAUGCCCAGAAAAGUCAUUAACAUGGGGUUAAGGUGCCUAGUGUCCUUCCAGAAUAUGGAGAGUGUCUGUCUAAAUUUAAACAUCUGAAAACAAGGAAAUAUAAGUAAAGUACACACUAGCCACCCAACCCAACCUUAACUUUUUCCUCUGUAUGAUGCUCCAUUAUGCCAAUAACACAUACUAUCACUCGACCCUUACAGAUGUUACAGAACACUUUGGGAACAGAGUACCUGAGCACUGUAGGACAAAGUCUAAGUCUGUCUUCUUGGAAAAGCAGUGCUCAUGGUUAGGUCAGGCAUAGCGAACAGGAGCUAACUAUACUUGGCCUACACCCAAACCAUCCCAAGCUUGCUAAAUGUUACCACGCUUCCACACUUGCCCUGAGGAUUCCUUCUGAGACAUUGUUUUCACUUAUCCCUCAUUCCCUGAAGGCUCCUGUCAUACAUGCCACCUGAGUGCUGGGAUUCCCCAAGGCAAGAAGACACCAUUGUGCUCCUCUGUGGACAUAGUCUACAAAACUCAGCAUUAAAAUGAGGCAUACUUGAACUUUUAAAAACACACGUGCCUCUUAUCACAUUGUAAUAACAGCUCUGCCAAGCUGCUCCAACCAAUUUCUCCACCAUUCAAUAUAGCUACACCUAACACAGUGAAGGCAGUUGGAGCACAUCCAGAUAAAUGCUGGAAUUCAAGGCUAUGGAGCACAACACACGGUGGCAUGUUGUUAGAACUUUCUCAUGUCUACCUAUUAUGGUACACCGUGCUAUUGAAUUAUUCUCUGCGACUUUUGCCAAUUCCCGGGGACAGAAUUAAGGUUACAUUGUGGGGGUAGUGUACACAGUAUAUUCUGG